CCUCCCCUUUGCAAGGAGAGACGGUCUUGGCAGCCUCCUCUGCUUUCCAGCAGCAGCAGCAAAGCAACCCUUUCCAAGAGGAGAGCGCAGAUCGGGAGAGGGCCACAUUCUGCCGACUCACAACCAGCACCCUCAACUCUGGCAGACAGCGGCUCUCUCUGAGCCGAUCAGGCAGCGUGUGCAUGCGCCUCUUCCACAACUCCUGCCAACUCGGGGCUGCUUUGUAUAAUGGGACGUGGGAACGCCAGCCUGCGGGAGCAUGUGCUCUGCCACUGAUCCUGGCUCGCAGCGCACGCCCUCCUUAAGACUGUUUGCAAACCCAGAACCUUGAAAGGAGCAAAGAGAAGCCGAUCCACAAGGACAGCACGAGACAGCCAUGCCCAUCUCGAGGAAGUUCAGAGGGCAAACUUCACCCACUGUUGGGCUAUAAAGAAUAUUGCUGGGUGUUCCCUGCUCCACUCAAGGUGCAUGUAUGUGCAUAUACUGAAGAUCUCGCUCGCUCUAUAUAUCUAUCUGCCUUCUUUCCAUUUGGGGCAUUCGCUGCAAACAGAGCAGCAACUCAGAGCAGAGAACUGACAGCAGGAGCGUUUAAAAUGAAGACUGAAAAUCAAUAUACGGGCGGCGUGCCAUGCGAAGGCAGGAAGGGGAGAAUGACCCUCGUCCUCAGCUUGGUGACCUUUGUGGCUGCCUUUGGUUCAUCUUUCCAGUACGGCUACAACGUCUCCGUGAUAAACUCUCCAGAACUGUUCAUGAAAGCUUUUUACAACGAAACCUACUAUGAAAGGAAUGGGGAGUACAUGAGCAAGGACAUGAUGACAGCCCUCUGGUCGAUCACAGUGUCCUUCUUCCCGCUUGGAGGCUUCUUUGGGUCGCUUUUGGUUGGCCCCAUGGUGAACAAAUGCGGCAGAAAGGGCACCUUACUGAUCAACAAUGUCUUCUCCAUCAUCCCUGCAAUUCUCAUGGGAGCCUCCAAGGCGGCCAAGACUUUUGAAGUGAUCAUCGUCUGUCGGAUCAUCAUUGGCAUCUGUGCAGGCUUGUCUUCCAACGUUGUCCCCAUGUACCUUGGAGAGCUGUCUCCCAAAAACCUAAGGGGGGCCGUGGGAGUGGUCCCGCAGCUCUUCAUCACCAUCGGGAUCCUUGCUGCUCAGAUUCUGGGCAUGCGGAUGAUCCUCGGAAGCACAGAAGGCUGGCCAAUUCUGUUGGGUCUAACUGGGAUCCCUGCAGUACUGCAGCUUUUCCUGCUUCCCUUUUUCCCUGAAAGUCCCAGGUACCUGCUGAUCCAGAAGGGAGAUGAAGCGAGUGCCAAAGCAGCCCUGAAGAAGCUGAGGGGCUGGGAUGACGUAGAGGAGGAGAUGGAGGAGAUGCGCCUGGAGGACCAGGCGGAGAAAGCAGAGGGGCGGAUGUCCGUGCUGACCCUCUUCACCUACCGAGGCCUCCGCUGGCAGCUCAUCUCCAUCAUCGUGAUGAUGGCGGGGCAGCAGCUCUCCGGGAUUAACGCAGUCUACUACUAUGCUGACAGUAUAUAUAGGAGCUCAGGUGUGGAGGAAAACGACGUGCAGUUCGUGACCGUGGGGACAGGGGCCGUCAAUGUCGUGAUGACGUUGUUAGCGGUCUUUAUUGUUGAGUCCCUGGGGCGGAGAAUUCUGCUUCUGGCCGGUUUUGGGAUCUGCUGUGUUGCCUGUGCUGUGCUAACGGUGGCUCUGAAUCUCAAGCACAUCAACGGGAUGCCCUACUUGAGUAUAGCCUGUGUUAUCGCCUAUGUCAUCGGACACGCUAUCGGAGCCAGCCCGAUUCCGAGUGUGAUGAUAAUUGAGAUGUUCCUCCAGUCGUCUCGCCCAGCGGCAUUCAUGGUUGGAGGCUCUGUUCACUGGCUUUCAAACUUCACAGUGGGUUUGGUCUUCCAAUACAUGGAUCAAGGACUCGGGGCCUAUUCCUUCCUCAUUUUCUGCGGCAUCUGCUUGCUCACCGUCAUUUACAUCUUCCUAGUAGUCCCCGAAACCAAGAACAAAACCUUCAUGGAAAUCAACCAGAUUAUGGCGAAGAGGAACGGCACGGAAGAAGAGGCGGACAAAGAGGAGCUGAAGGAUUUCGGCGCCAUCUCACAGCCUUACAGCAAAAAAGCCGAGGCGCAGAGGAACAGCGCCCUUUAAGACGCCUCUGGUCCCUCGCCUAGGAGUGGCUGAAGCCCAACUCUCCUCCAGCCGUCUUGGUGGCAGAUGCCAUCCUUCGAAUUUCCUCUCCCUCCCCGCAUUGUCAUGGGCGAGGUGUAAAUAACCCCGUGUAGCUGUGCCCUGCGGUACCCUCCUUGCUACAUCCUUCUCACAUGGACAAAAACUCCCACCAGCAACCCCCAAAAAAAGAUACUGCCCUUUCUCUAGCAUCAAAGACUUUGCCAUUUCUGGAUGCCUUGCCUAUAAUUCACCUGUUCAAGACAUAUUUCUGAAGAAGCAAGAUGGGGAACUUCUUCCUAAUUCGGAAGUGUUUCCAAAGAUGGUAACUGAGUUUGGAGGACGUUGGCAAAGUGAUCUGCAGGCAGAUGUGUGUUUGGUUGUUAGGCUGCUGUGAAUCCGUCUGACCUGAGAUUCACUGUAUGGCUGGACCCAAAAUCCUCUUAGAAAUGUAGCGUUUCCUCUCUGCAUUUCAGCACAGGGGCAAGCAUUUCCUUCUCACGAAGCCAUGCUGCUUACACUGGGGUAAGGUGAACAGACAAUUCUUCUGCCUUCACAUCCCAUAAACUGAAGCACACGCCUGGGGAUGUACUCGGAGAUGACUCAAGAUAAUCUGAUUUUAGACACCUAGCAUGCAAUUCCUCUUUGCCAAAGGCGGAGGACGUGCCAAAAUUCAGCGCCUUGUAAAAGAUACGAAGAAUAAUCAGGCGAGGCUGCACGGGAAAGUUUCACAGAGCUGGAAGGGGCCUCAAGAGCAUUCAACUGCGUUUAACAAUUUUCCAUGUUAUGUGGAAAUCAGGGACUUUGGCUGAGGCUUUGACACCCCGUAUCACAGCAGUGGGGGACAUAAUUGUGCCCCCCAGCCCCUCCGCCAUUGACCCACAAGACCAUUUCAGCCAAGCCAUACCCACAGGCCGUCUUAUUGGAGGGUUCCUAGUAGACCCAUCAAAGAGAAUGAACAUGACUACCUUAGAUUCAUGCAUUCCAGUGGGUCUGCACUGAGCAUAAUUCGGUUGGAUACAAUCCUGAGAUCUUGUAGGACGUCAGGUGCAGGCAGGUAAAGACCUGACCCAGCCAAAAAGGGCUUCGCCAAACCUACCCACCCCAAAACCAGCCCUAGUGCAACACAAACCCAGAGGCCUUUCAUCUGCUGCAGCCCUUAUUUUAACUCUGCAUGGGGGUGGGCAUGUGACAGAGUCCCUGUUUCAUUGCAGGAAGCCCUGCCAAUGGAAAAAAGUGAAACUCUAUCUGUCCAAUGCCUGCACUGGCAUUUCUAGCCUUAAAAAGCCCCCACGCCCAACUUGAUGGGGUUCCUAACGAGGUCUCAAAUGACACAGUGGACCCAGAAUAAUUCUGAAUUCCUUGCUGGAGAGUGUGCAUGUGUUUACAGCGGGGUCAAAAUGUUUUGGCAUCUAUCUCUGCUCGUUAAGGAAGUGAAAGGAGUCUGUUACAACACAGUUUUUAACCUCAGCUCUUCCCCUGCUGCAUUGGUAUCAAUUGCCAGGCUAUAAUGGUUAUAACUAAAACACUAAUUUUAAUCAUUUUGAUUGUCAUUAAAGCACAAAUGGAGCUCUAAUUUUGAUUCAGCCUUAGCUGAAGAGGCAAAUAAUCUAGAAGGCAUUAUCCCUUGAAUGCCUUCCAUCUGACCAGCUUAAGAUUUUGCUGUCUGCUUUUCCUGAAAGUAGACAUUUUUCUUACCACCUAGAAACAAUCAUAAAAAUUUGCAAUUUAAUUUUAAGCACAAUUUACCAUGUGCUUUAAAAAGUGGUGAACGGGUGUCCUUGCUUGUGGAUGAAGUGAGGAAUACAAUACACAUUUGGAAUUUUUAAAAUUAUUGUUAUUUUAGUAUUGAACUGGGGUUAUUUUAGAGGGGAAAGCAGGUUUUUAGGAUUAAGGGAUGUAUAACACACAUUCUAAGGGACGCAGGUGGCGCUGUGGUCUAAACCACUUGAGCCUAGGGCUUGCCAAUCAGAAGGUCGGCGGUUUGAAUCCCCGCGACGGGGUGAG